AUGGAUGGUAGUGAAAAGCAGCUUCAAGAUUUGGGUUUAGUUAACGUUUUAUCUCAAAGUACUUUAGAACAGAGAAUUCAAAAUGAUGCUACCAGUCUUAUUAAUCAACAACUCCUAGAGCAAGAGCAAGGAAGACUGGAAAGGGCUCAAAAUGCAGUAGAAAAAUGUAAUGAUAAAAUUGGUCUAUUAACAAGGAGAUGGAACAAUGCCUCUAGAAUCUCAGCUAGACAAAAACUUCAGGAACAGAUUGAUGAAAUAAAGAAUAAUGAGUUGCCGCCAAUAUUAUCAGAUAUUAAGGAUAUACGAAAACGUUUAAGAGAUUUGAAAAAGUCUCAAAAAAGUGAUGCUACCAGGGAUAGUUCUCAGGAUGAGGGUAAGAAACCUGGUGAAUCAGAAAGAGACUACCUGGUGAGAACUGGUCAAGUAACUGCCUUUGGGUCUAAAAGAGGGUUCGAAGUGGCCAACGAUUCUGAGGAGGGAGAAGAGGAAAAUCAGGAACAAGAAGAGAAUGAUGUUGCAAAGAAAUCCCCUCCAAGCAAUGACGAUGAUGAUGACUACAAGGAUGAAGAUAUGGAUGACGAAGAGAAUGAUCUAGAUGUAAGUCAAGGAGAAGAUGUAAAAGAGGAAAAUGAUAUUGUUCUUCAGCCAGGUGCUGUCAAGGAUGAUGGUGAUGAAUAUUUCUAUCAAAAGCGUCUUCGUCAAUGGUGUAACCGUCGAGCGCAGGGACGCAAGACAGAUAACAAUCCAGAUUGGCCUGAAUGGAGAAAAAAACAUCAAGAAUUUCCUGAUGCUAAACUUGAUGAUGAAUUUAGAAUACCUGGUGAAAUCUAUUCUUUACUUUUCAACUACCAACGGACUUGCGUACAAUGGCUUUACGAAUUAUACCAACAAAAAUGUGGUGGCAUCAUUGGUGAUGAAAUGGGGUUAGGUAAAACUAUUCAGGUUAUUGCAUUCUUGGCUGCGUUACAUCAUUCUAAUCAAUUGGAUGGCCCCGUUUUGAUCGUUUGUCCAGCAACAGUUAUGAAACAAUGGUGUACCGAAUUUCAUCACUGGUGGCCACCUUUCCGUACUGUCAUAUUACACUCAAUUGGUGCUGGUAUGGCUAGUAAAAAGAAGAUGAGCGAAGAUGAAUUAGAGGACAUGAUCAUGUCGGGAGAUCCUAACCAGUUCUCCUAUGGGGAUUUAGAAAAUUCGAGUAAGACGAAAGCUCAGGUCGAAUCUGACAAUCUGCUACAAACGCUGAUAGAUAAAGUGGCCAAGGAUGGUCACGUACUAAUUACCACGUAUGUGGGGUUAAGGAUACAUGCAGAUAAACUGUUAAAAAUUAAUUGGGCUUAUGGUAUAUUGGAUGAAGGCCACAAAAUAAGAAACCCAGAUUCUGAUAUUUCACUAACUUGUAAGAAGCUGAAGACUCCAAAUAGAUUGAUUUUAUCUGGAACCCCAAUCCAAAAUAAUUUAACUGAGCUUUGGUCUCUUUUCGAUUUCAUAUUUCCUGGUAAAUUAGGUACACUACCUAUCUUUCAACAACAAUUUGUUCAGCCCAUUAAUAUGGGCGGUUAUGCAAAUGCUACGAAUAUCCAGGUCCAAACAGGGUACAAGUGUGCAGUUGCUUUAAGAGAUUUGAUAUCACCAUAUCUUCUUCGUAGAGUAAAAGCAGAUGUGGCAAAGGAUUUGCCUGAAAAGAAAGAGAUGGUUUUGUUCUGUAAAUUAACUCAAGUUCAGAGAAGAAAAUAUUUGGAAUUUUUACAUUCGAGAGAAUUAGAAGAUAUAAAGGGAGGAAAAAGAAGGGUUCUAUAUGGUAUUGAUAUUUUGCGGAAAAUUUGUAACCAUCCUGAUUUAUUGGAUAGAGACGAAAGGAGCAAAGAAGCGUCCUAUGGUGAUCCUAAGAGAUCUGGAAAAAUGCAGGUUGUCAAACAACUGCUUUUAUUGUGGAGAAAAGAAGGCCAUAAGGCCCUUCUAUUCACACAAUCGAGACAAAUGCUGGACAUUUUGCAAGAAUUCAUCGCAUUUAAAGACCAGGAACUUACAGGGUUAAAAUUUCUAAGAAUGGAUGGUACGACGACCAUAUCUAUUAGACAAUCAUUGGUGGAUGAAUUUAACAGGGGAGAUUAUAACGUGUUUUUGUUAACGACGAGAGUCGGUGGUAUUGGUGUUAACUUGACCGGUGCCAACAGAAUUAUCAUUUUUGAUCCAGAUUGGAACCCAUCUACUGACAUGCAAGCUAGAGAAAGAGCAUGGAGAAUUGGCCAAAAGAGAGAAGUUUCAAUUUAUAGAUUAAUGGUAACAGGCUCCAUUGAAGAGAAAAUAUAUCAUCGCCAAAUUUUCAAACAGUUCUUGACCAACAAAAUUUUGAGUGAUCCAAAGCAGAAGCGGUUCUUCAAAAUGAAUGAAUUGCAUGAUCUCUUUACCCUAGGUGGUGAGAAUGGACAUGCAACCGAAGAACUAGAGUCGGAAGUGCAACAACGAACAGAAGGUCUCAAAAAUUCCAAAUCCGACGAAAGUGACGAUUUCGAAAAAGUGGUCAAUCUGAUAGGUGUAUCCAAGCUCGAAAGCUUUUAUACGGGCAAAGAGUCUCAAGAGAAUUCGAAAAAGGACGAUGAUAGAUUGAUUGAAGGUUUACUGGGGGAAAGUGGUUUGGCAGGUGCUGCCACACACGAGUCAAUGAUGAGCUCUCAUUCAAAUGGUUCUUCAGAUAUUAUAACGAGAGAAGCUUCUAAGCUAGCUGAUGCUGCAGUGAACGCCCUUCGCAAAUCAAGAAGGGCUAGAAAGAAAUUUGACGUGGGCACUCCAACGUGGACAGGAAAGUUUGGCCAAGCCGGUAAGAUAAGGAAGAAAAGAGAUAAAGAUGUCCCUGGGUCUUCUGCCAUUUUGGCCAACAUUCGUAAUGCUCAGAAACAGGCAGAAAACAUUCCGUCUCAAGAAAGCACUUCAGAAGAGGUUGAAGAGAAACAAGUGAUACUAAGACAGAUCGAGAACUACUUGCACAAGUGUCCUGAUUAUUUCGCUACUUCCAGCGAUGUAAUCAACAAUAUAAAAGUCAACUUGUCAACAAAAGAGGACGUCAUUAAGAUAAGAGCUCUUCUAAAGGUUAUUGCAACAUUCGAUAAGACUAGGAAGGGUUGGAAAUUAAACGAAGAGUUUAUCAACAGUGAGUAUUGA